UUGUUGUUAAAAUUACAUUUCAACUCUGGUGUUUUCUUCUGCAGAUUUUCAGCGACAUCAUCCAUGGAGGAAAGUCAGGAAACCGAGUUUCUUGGGUUUCUUGAGUAAACGAAGCCUCCUAGGAUGCUUAUACGAGAGUCAUCGUCUCUACUUAUCUCAGCAAAAUUUUUCUGCAACAAUGUCGGAAGUUGAUCAGCUGCUAUCGAAGAAAGUUGCAGAUCGAUACCUCAAGCGUGAAGUCCUUGGUGAGGGUACUUAUGGAGUCGUCUACAAAGCCAUCGACACCAAGACGGGACAGACAGUUGCAAUUAAGAAAAUUCGGCUGGGAAAGUACAAGGAAGGUGUAAACUUUACUGCACUUAGGGAAAUUAAACUGCUUAAAGAGAUCAAGGAUCCGAAUAUUAUUGAAUUAAUUGAUGCUUUUCCUCACAAGGGAAACUUACAUCUCGUGUUUGAAUUCAUGGAGAGCGACCUCGAGGCCAUUGUUCGAGAUAGGAACAUUGUACUUUCUCCUGCUGACAUUAAGUCGUUCAUGCAAAUGACACUGAAAGGGCUUGCUUAUUGCCAUAAGAAAUGGGUGCUACACAGGGAUAUGAAGCCAAACAAUUUACUAAUAGGAGCUGAUGGACAGCUUAAGCUAGCGGACUUUGGUUUAGCACGCAUAUUUGGGAGUCCAGAUCGCAAGUUUACUCACCAGGUUUUUGCUCGAUGGUAUAGAGCCCCUGAAUUAUUAUUUGGCACCAAGCAAUAUGGUUCUGCAGUGGAUGUCUGGGCUGCAGCUUGUAUAUUUGCUGAGCUUCUCCUCCGCAGACCUUUUCUACAGGGCUCAAGCGAUAUUGAUCAAUUGGGCAAGAUCUUUGCCGCUUUUGGGACUCCAAAGCCUUCUCAGUGGCCUGACAUGAUUUACCUUCCAGAUUAUGUGGAGUAUCAAUAUGUUCCUUCACCUUCCCUGCGUUCUUUGUUUCCAAUGGCAAGUGAUGAUGCAUUAGAUCUAUUAUCGAAGAUGUUCACCUAUGAUCCAAAAGCAAGAAUCUCUGUACAGCAGGCAUUGGAGCACAGGUAUUUCUCAUCUGUACCUGCACCAACAAAACCAGUUUUGCUUCCAAGACCUCCUCCAAAGGGGGAAUCUCUGAAUUCUAGGCCUUCAGAUUUUAAUCCACAGGAUGGUCCUAUUGUUUUAUCACCACCAAGAAAAUCAAGGAGAGUGAUGCUACAGCGUGAGGGUCCCGAAGGAAGUUCAUACCAUGUUGAUAAGGUUGAUGAUCGUGCAUUUGAAGUUAGACAAGCCACUGGUGAGAACACAGCCUGGAGAGAAAAGCCACCAAUGUCAAUAGAUUUGUCUGUGUUUGGAUCAAGACCCCCUCCCAGGCCAACUCUUAACAGUGCUGACAGAUCACAUCUGAAGAGGAAACUAGACCUUGAAUUCUUACAUCCUGAAUGAGAAUAACCUGUUUGUCACCACACUCAGAUGACAGUUUGGAUUGAGAAUGCAGUACCUGUUACAUUAAUGGUUCUUAUAGUGCUUCAAUUAGAUAGCAGCUGCUGGGUACUCUGGAUUGUCCUCCAUUUGGAGAGUGUGAUUGAUAAAUGGAGAGGACCGUCGUUGGAACGCAAUGCAUUUUUAUGAGCCUUUAUCUUGGUAUGAUUCAGUUGAAUGCUGUGAACGAGAGUGGAAGGAGUUUAAAGACGUGGAGUUAUUCAUUUUUAUUUUUUUUUCCCCACGUACUUGUAUACAGAGCCAACCUUUAAGGCAUUUGUUUCUAUGUUGACAAAAAUGUUGAAACAAAACAAACUUAAAGUGGAAGGUUUUUGAAUUUUUUCUUUUUUUUUUUGGUGAUUUGAAUCAAAAGCAUAAAUUGUUGCACAGUCGGUGAAGAGGUGGUCAGGCCCGUCAGGAGGGUAGAUUUAUAUUCUGUUAAUCUUUAAUCAAGAUUUAUGUUAUUUUUGCAAGUUUCCA